UCUGCAUGGAAACGCCAUUAUCUUCCGCAUCAUUUCCCAAACUGAAACCGAAGUAGCAUCAUAUUAUUUGGUAUCGUUUUUAGACUCCUUCUCCGGCAUAAUGUAGCAAAUUAAUCAAGCAAAUGUUUUUUAAAUUUAAGUAGGAAAUAUUCAGUUGUAAAUAUGUAUAAAUUUAUUUAUUUUGAAAUUGGAAAGAUUUUUUCAUUCCAUUAGCAGCAAUGAAUUUUGUUUGCCUCUUAGCGAAACCAUCUGCAAUUUGGAUUUUCUUUGUUUCUAUGUUCAAUUUAUGCAGAGCUUAUCACUAUGUCGUCAUGAGGGCUGAAUCUACUACAAGAAGCAAUGAUUUUUGCGUUUACUCGGAAAUAGACCCUUCCCUUCCACAACAGGCUGCAGAAGCUAAACCUCACACUCUGGAAAUUAAGGAUGCAGUUGAUUGGUGUACAAAUAAUUCAAAGAAUAAUGCAUCAGAUAAAGUUUUAUUAUUACCAGCAGGUGAUUGCAGUCUUUCUGAUCAAAUACAAAAUUUCUAUCACAUGGGUGGAGAAGUUAUACUCUUUAUCAAUAAUGGUUCAUUGAAUGAUAUGAAUUUUUCUGAAUAUAAGUAUCUGAAUGGAACUGGAAUUCCUGCCAUGAAAAUAUCUGAAAAUUCUGCCAAUGUCUUAAAAGAAAUGGGUAAAAUCAUUACUGUUCAGCUAUUUAAACCACAUGAUGAUCAAGGUUUGUAUAUCGUAGUAGUUUUAGGAGCAUUAGCUUUAUUCACUGUGGCUGCUGGUUCAUAUAUGUCUGGACUUACAAGUUACAAAAUUUUCAAGGAAAGUAUAACUAAAAAAGAUCGUGCUUCUGGUCGUGGUCCAAAAAUGCAUCGAAAUGAUGCACGGCAGAACAGACGGUUCAAAAAAGAACAGUUACUUAAAAAUUUGGCAAAUAAAAUGGAAUAUGGUGAAGAAUAUGGCAUACCUAUCCUAAUCUUAACUCCAUGCUAUACAGUCUAUUUGAUUGUAGGACUUGUAAUUACAAUAGUUUUAGGAUAUCUUCUAAAGAAAUAUUUAUUGAUAUUUUCCUUAGUUUCCUUCACAUCUGGUAGCAUAAUAUGCUUAUAUUUCUGCUUAUAUUCAUGGACAAGAAAAUAUAAAAGCUAUUUUGUCAAGUAUGCAUUUGUUUUCUGCAAUAGAAAAAUAGUUUUCACUGCUUUGUCUCUUAUUUUGCAAACAGUUUCAUUUGGUAUACCCAUAUUAUGGGUAAUCUUCAGAAACGCAAAGUAUGCAUGGAUGCUGCAGAAUAUCUUAAGCAUAUUUUUAUGUUUUGGUUUGCUAAGACUGUUUCGACUUUCAAGCCUGAAGAUGUGCUCCAUUCUACUUGUUUUACUUUUUAUUCUGGACAUAUUUUUUGUGAUCGUUACGCCUCUUUUUACUAAAAACGGAAAGAGUGUUAUGGGCGAUCUUGCUACUGGUGGAAAUUUUGAAAAACUGGAUGAUGCAAACUUUAUGGAAGAGGUGGCAGCUGGUAGAAAACAUAUUGAAUUUAUACCAUCUCUAAUGCAAGUGAAGGAUAUUGGAUUUGAUGAUUUAGGAGUUUGUCAUCAACGUUGGACAGGUCUUGGUCUUGGAGAUAUAAUAAUGCCUGGCUUGUUAUUAUCUUAUUGCUAUGCAUUCGAUCUUUGUUUUGUCAAGAAAAUGAUCUACUACCCUAUAUCUGUCAUAUUGUAUGGCAUAGGUCUAUCUCUAUCAACCAUAUCUUUAAUUUUCUGGAAUGCUGAACAGCCUGCUCUAUUAUAUAUUGUGCCACCCCUCUUAAUACCAAUAAUGCUGUUGGGAUGGUACCGUGGUGAACUUAGUACAUUAUGGUAUGGUCUCAAAGUUAUAAAAGCACAUAUAAGGAAGGAAAACAGCAACAAUGACCAAGAUUCUUGGGAUAUUAAGUUAUCUCUUGAUGACCAAGCAGAAGCUACCUAAUUAUUGAGUAUAAUGUUUGCCCUUACUGAAAUGCUGCAUUCACGAAGAAAUGUUUUCUGGAAAAUAUACAAAAUUAUGCAGUUGAAAGCAUGAAGCAUCUCUGAAGCAUUUUAGAUGAAAUUUUUUUCAUGAAUUUUGGAAAAUGAAGUCAUUGUUUUAAAGUAAAAACAAUUUCAUUGUUCAUCAAACAAAAUAUGAUAUGUAGACUAUGCACUACUAUUUUUAAGAAUUUUUAUAUGUAUAUUUCAAAAAGUUAUAAGGUGAUUUUUUUAAAAUUUUUGCAUGAUAAUGAUUUUAAAAUUUAAGAUAUCAUAAAAAAAUCACUAAACUGUCUCAAAAUAACAAAUGCAUCACUUACCGCUUUCUAAAUAUUAAUGUGCAAAACUUUGGAAAAUACAAAACUCAGUUUUUUAGAAAAAGUGAUUUAUAACAUUUUAACAUCUGAUCUCAGAUAUGUAAUAUGCUAUUUAUUGCCAUACAGUUGUGUUGCAAAUGUGAUUGUGAUUUUGUAAACAGUAAGUUUAAAUUGAUGCAAUUAUUUUUAUCCCUAUUAUAUAAGUUUUUUGAUGGUUUUAAAAUAUAAUGUUUUUGAUCGAAACUGAAACUAAAAAAAUUCCUUGGGAGCUGUUCAAAUUUCAUUAUUAAAGCAGAUGUUAGUAACCCUCAGACCUCAAAUGGUAGGAUUUUUUUAAAGUUUCAAAUUAGCUAGAUGCAAAAUAAUUUUUAGAAUGCAGAUAUAUUGAAAUAAUUUUUACAUAAAUAAUAAUCAGAGUCUAUUAAAAAAAUCUUGUAACUAAAAAUUAGUUUUAAACUUUUAAUUUAUUUUUUAGUUAUAUAUUUCUUUAUAUUAUUUUUUAUUUAAUUAUUGUAUAUUUAUAUUAUUUAUUCAUAUACUACUUAUAUAUUCCAUAAUCUUACUGUGAUUAUUGGCACAAGAUGAUCUUCAAUAUUCACAAAGAAACUUUUUUCAGAAACAAAACCACUGUUUUGCUAACUACAAAAUGCAACACAAAACACACAUGAAGCUAAAAUAAAUAUAUAUGAAAUUAAAUACUUUUUGCCUCAGUUAUAUACCAGUUGCUGUUAUUUUGGGCUUAUUGCAUUUUUGAAUCGGGAGUUAAUGUUUAUAUUUACAAUGCAAAAUUUUUAAUCAUAAGACAAAAAUUCAGACUAUCUGCAAACACAUCCUAUAUAAUGUAAGUUAAAUUAUAAUUUUGAAAACAAAAUUUUCAUAUAUUUUUUUAUGAAUAAUAUUUAAAAAGUGGAAUAGUUUUUAAAUGUUGCUUGUAAAUGUUGCUUCUUCUAGUUUGAUUUUAACCUUAUUUUAUUAUGCUGAUAACAUUUUAAUAAGUUAUAAUAAGUAAAUAGUUCUGCUUCUAUAUCUUUUAGCAAUAAGAUAUUAUAUGAUAUCUCCAAGAUGUAGUUCGGUAUUCUGAAUGAAGACCAAUAUCAUAAAGAUAUCGCAACAAUGUCAUUGGGCACUUUGUUCUGAUAGGAAUAAUUUUGAAUAAAUGUAAUUUAGAUUAUUUUGAAAAAUAUUAUCUUUUUUUUUAUUUGUUCAAAUGCAUUAUAGAAACAACAAAUAAAAACAUGUUAAAAUACAUCAUUACAAUCAUUUAUGAUUUUUUUAUCGAAAAUUUUUUACAGUAUUACAUAUAGAAUGCAUAAUUAUAAAAUAAAUGUGCUUGUUUGUAAGCAUCUGGGGCUAAAAGUAAUAAACACAAUGAAACCAAAUUUCAUAUCACAGAUGGUGGAAUAUUUAAGGAAAGGAAUUAUGCACACUUUUCUAUUAAAAGUCAUUGAUUGGAGAGAUUUUGUUUAAUGAAAUUGUGUCAAAAUGAAUGUUGAAAAUUAGAUAAUGCAAAAUUUUAUUGAUUUUCAUAUGGUAAAAAUAGAUUUUUUUUUUAUCAACUAUCGGGUCCCCAGAUACGUAUGCACCACUUUUAGUGUGCAACCGUUUUUUUAGAAAGACAACAAAUAUAUUUAUAUAACCCAAAAUUAUCAAUCAUAUUCAAAUUUUUAUACAUAUUAUAUUGUAACAGACAUUAUCUCAUUAUAUCAAUAUUUUUUUUUCAAAAGUUAGCCAUAAAUUAUUAUUCCUUCUACAGUGGAAUUAUUUAUUUAUUUUUAUUAUUUAUUUAUUAUUAUUAUUUAGGAAUGUAGCUGUGGGAAUAUUAUGCUUGAAAUUUUUCAUUUAUAGUAAAUAAAAGUUUCUAUUUAGAAAUCUUUAGAAGGAAUCUGUAGAAAGCAAAAUGUUUUUUUCCAUGUAUAUUUAAAGCUGUGUUUUUGAAAUAAGCUUUAUUAAUGUUUCAUUUUGUUUGAAGUCCUUUUUGCAUCAUAUUCGUAUGUAACUUUUAAUGUGACUUGUAUCUUUGAAUUCAUGUAAGUGUUGUGUGUUUGUGGUUUUGUUAGAUGGGCAUUAAAUGUUUUCAUGUGUGCUUAUAUGAAAUGUAUCCAUUUACCACUAUUUACAAAAGUUUCCAUCAUUCCACAUAGUCUUUUUUAUAAAAAUAUGGAUUGAAAAUUACUAAGUAAUCUAAAAAGGCAAAAACAUUUUGUAAAACAAGGUUUUUGCAUCAUAUUUAUAUAUAACAUAUAUUUACACAUAUUUCUUCAUGUCUAACACAUAUUUACUUUAUAAAAAUGAAACAAGAAAAAAUUUUAUUUCAGAAAACUAAAAUAUAAUAAGACGUAAAAGUUUUUACUUCCUACCUAACCAGAAAAAGUGUAAUGUCAUGUAUUUAGUAUAUAGAAAAAUAUAGUUUUAGUAUUAAGGAGAGUACCCUGUACUCCCAUUCUAAUAUCAAUAAAGGUGCUACCAAAUGAAUAUAUAUGUGAAUUUCAAUGUUUUAACUGUGAUUGUAUGACCAUAAUUUAUCAUGUGUAUUUAAUUGUGAAUGUUUAUUGCUUGAGUGUAAUUUAUUGUAUAUUUAACUAUGAAUGUUUAGCUGUGUGCAUUGUAUAUUUUGAAUUAUUACUAUUCACAAUUAUGCUUAAAUGCAUUUGUAUUUACAUCUUCAUGUGUGUUGUUAUACGUUUUAUCUUUAUUUAUGCCAAUUCAUUUCAUAUGGCUACCUCUUUAAAAUUGUGAAUGUAUUUAAGCAAUAGCAUGUGUAAAAAGCUAUAUUACAUUACAUUAUGUCAUGUCUCAUAUGAAAAGGAACAAUGGUAAUUUAGAAAUUAAAAUUUUUAAGUUCACAGCAUAAAUCCAUUCUAGAUUUUUCAAAAUUAGCUAUUAAACUGAUGAUAACUGAUAUACUAUUUACAUCAUUCCAUUGAAUGGUCCUGGCCUUUUGCUAGGUGUGGUUCAUUUUUUCAUACAGUAGUCAAUUUAUUCUUGAGAUACAUGUCAUAUGAUUAUGUGGCAUAGUGAAAUUAUAAAUAUGUCAGUUCCAUACAUUUUUAAUAAAUUUAAAAUAUUUACAUUAUAACAUUAUUUUUAUUAUUAUUACAUUAUAACACAUUAUUUAUCUACAGUGGAAUUAUUUAUUUAUUUUUAUUAUUUAUUUAUUAUUAUUAUUUAGGAAUGUAGUUGUGGGAAUAUUAUGCUUGAAAUUUUUCAUUUAUAGUAAAUAAAAGUUUCUAUUUAGAAAUCUUUAGAAGGAAUCUGUAGAAAGCAAAAUGUUUUUUUCCAUAUAUAUUUAAAGCUGUGUUUUUGAAAUAAGAGUAGAAAAGAGUUUGAAAUAAGAGUUUUGAGUAAAUUUAUUAUUAUUUACAUUAUAACAUUAUUUUUUUUAACUUGAGAUGAAUACUGAGAUAAAUGAGGGAAAGGCAAGGACUUCAUUCUAUUGGAAUUUGAAUUGUGUUAUCUCUGACAAAUUUAUUACAUAUUUUCUUACCUCUUAGUUCUAUUGUUUUAUAAUUUUAAAAUCACUUCUUUGUAUUUGCAGAAAAAUUACAGAUUCUGACAUUUAUAUUUUUUUACAUACCAGGAAACUCCAUUUAAAGAAACUAUCAAGUAAUUUAAAGAAAUAUUGACUUAAUUUAAAGAAAUAUUUUAAAUUCUAUGAAGAUUUAAUAUCAGUAUCUAACAAAAAGCAGAUAAUUAAUUAAGAAUCCAUAUUUUUAUU